UUUGCCUUGCUCAUUUAAUAUGUAAGGACCUGCAGCUGCAGUUGGCUCCUGAUUUUUGCUUGCCCCACCCACAAGCAGAGGGUUUGAGGAAAGCGAAAUGGCGGCAUCGUGGAGCGCUAUCAGGCCUUAAAUGUACGUGCGGGAGUCAGACCUGGAAUAUGAGGACCACCCGGGUCACAUAUAGGCCUGCCGAGGCCCCUUCAACUCGAGUGUCUGAACGGAAAUUUGAUUUCUCUUCCAUUUCAUCUUUCAUAUUUGUUUUUCAAGACAAGCUGUAGGUCAAAAUACAACUAACGUUUGCUAUAAUCGCUAAGCUAUUGCAUUUGAUUAGAGAUGUAGGGAUCCGUAGGAAACUGGUGUGAAGAUUUGUUUAAACUCACAGUCUACAUCUGAACAGCGAGCACCAUCCUAUGUAGCCAUUGCUACUCAGAGAUCACCAGGUUUCACUGCUAGCUAGUGCCAUUGUUUACAUGAAAGAGUGGGUGGUCCCCAAUUACAGAGGGGUGGGGAUAUUAAAACACCAGGUCAAAUGUUCAUUGGUUGGCCCAAACAAAGUCCAUUUUCUACAUAGAAAAAUAAGGUCCUUGUUUAGAUUUGCCCAUUUAAAAAAGGGAAGUGACCAAAAUUUCAUUUCCGCUGAAAACCACUCAUCAAGUAAAUGUGACUGUCUGACAAUAUUCAACUAGUGCCCUAGAGUUUCCUCAUUCGACCACGUAUCUGCUAUGGGUUCAUAUUUUUCACAAAAGACUUAGUUGUUGGAAUCGCAAUGGACCUCAAAGCAUUUUACAUCUUCUGUGUGCUGUUCUCUCUUUUGUCAGGAGAGCACUGUGGCCAAACAGUGUACGGUAAGAUAGGAGAAAACGUAUACAUACAUCUGCGGGAGUCACACGGAAGGUCUUUCUCUGAUUUUCAAUGGAGGCGCCAAGAUAUGCUUAUAGCCAAGAGUGCAAGUUCUAUUAACACUUUUGCAGAGGUUUUUAGUAAUGGAACACUGAGACUGCACAAUGUCAGGAGAAACUGUAGUGGAGUUUAUACUGUUAGUGCCUACGAUGCCAAUGGCACGGUCCAUCUGAAGGAGAGCUCUCACUUGGUUGUGAUUGAUCCUCCGGUGGUUGAGCUUGUUGUCUGUAGACUGGGAGUUUCUGUGUUACACUGUGCGGGGGAAAACGGGCCUGAUGCCGUGUAUGAAUGGAGAGUCAGCAUCCAGAACCAGGGACGUCUAAAGAUCUCCAUUCAUACAGGGAAAUUUGUGGCUCCAGAAUAUUCAACUGGAAACAUCUCCUGCUCUCUGAAAACGGGCAACUAUAGCAGUCAGAGUGCAUCUUAUUCCCUGUACUGUGCAGGAGAGAACUGUGGCCAAACAGUGUACGGUAAGAUAGGAGAAAACGUAUACCUACAUCUGCGGAAGUCACACGGAAGGUCUUUCCCUGAUUUUAAAUGGUGGCAUCAAAAUGCAAUUAUAGCCAAUACAGCACGUUCUUUUAACACUUUUGCAGAGGUUUUUAGUAAUGGAACACUGAAACUGCACAAUGUUGGGAGAAACUGCAGUGGAGUUUAUACUGUUAGUGCCCACAAUGCCCAAGGCAAGCUCAGUCUGAAGGAGAGCUCUCACUUGGUUGUGAUUGAUCCUCCGGUGGUUGAGCUUGUUGCCUGUAUCCUGGGAGUUUCUGUGUUGUACUGUGCGGGGGAAAACGGUCCUGAUGCCGUGUAUGAGUGGAGAGUCAGCAUCCAGAACCAGGGAGGUCUAAAUGUCUCCAGUCAUACAGGGAAACAUGUGACUCUGGACUAUUCAACUGGAAACAUCUCCUGCUCUCUGAUAAUGGGAAACUAUAGCAGUCGGAGUGCGUCUUAUUCCCUGUCCUGUGCAGAAACACAGUGGUGUGUCAGUCUCGGGGUUACUGUCAUGCUGGUCCUUCUUUGCUUCAUGGCAUGUGGAAUUUCAGUCGGUGUACAAAUAUGCCGCAAGCGACAGAAUUCAAGUAUGCAGAAGAGCAUCUCUGAACACACACCACGUCAAACCUUGAAGCAGAUGGGCUACAGCAGCAGAAGACCACACCGGAUGCCACUCCUGUCACCUAAUGAAGUGGCUGAUGAGAAGUCUGAAGGAUCUGGUCCCUUUCUUGAGAUGACCCAUGUAUUGUUCACAGUGAAGUCAGAUUUGGAAAAGGACAAAUAACUUUUUCAUCCCUUUUAUUAAUAAAUCACUGUAAAAAUCUAUUUCAUUAAAACAAAAAUGCUGUCUAUUUCAGAAAACAACAAAGUAUUCUAUUUUCAUAAAAAAAUUAAAUAUUUAGAAAGUAGUAAUUCUGUACUUUUGUAUUUUUAAGAAUAAAGGACUUAUGUAACUUUCACGUGAGUAUAUUUGCUUGUUACAAUGUACAUAAAUGUGACGUGUUUGCUCUUACCUUUUUGGGGAUAAACAUGAGGCAAAGAUUGCGGGUGUGUUUAAAAAAAAAACUUUAACUAAAUUGCAGAAAAAACUACUUUUGCAUGAUUAUUUUAUGAUGUCUUAUUAUGAUCCGGCUUUGUAGUGGAGUUAUAAUAUGUAUUUCAGUGAAUAUUUCAGAAAGGUUUCAGCACUGUAAAGAUCGGCUUCCCUGAGACGGUUUCUGACAGUUUGUGCAGAAAUUCCUUGGUUGUGCAAACCAGCAGUUUCAUCAGCAGUUGGCAUGGCUGGUCUCAGACGAUGCUGUCGGUGUAGAAGCUGGAUGUGGAGGGCCAGGGUGGUCGUGGUUACACGUGGUCUUGAGGUCGCG